AAAAGAAGGGAGAAAGCUGGUGCUAUGGUAGGCUGAGCAUACUAUAAUUUCUACGGUGUGCACGGCGUGACACCGCAGAGGCCACAGGGUAUGUUCCGUAGAGCUUGUAGAGGCCCGUACGGCGUCCGAAUAUGGGCAAAUAAUUUGGGUCUGGGGUGAAUCCCGCAAAAAGCAGAUAUGACUUUGGCACAGCUUUUCCCGUUAAUGAAGCUAACGUUACAAGUGAAGCCACUAACAUACAAGGCAAUCACCAAGGACUCGAUCAAAGCAUUUAAAACGCAUCAACGUGCUCAAGCCGAAUAUGUCAAAGAUUCACUUUUCUGGACAAACUACCAACCUGAUUCCCAACGAGCCAAGGUAAAACUUACCUUCUCCGUCGUGUGGAAGCUCAGCUCUGUCGACAAGGUGGUCGACACUUGGUUUGGCAAGACCAUCGUCAACUCUUGUGCCAAGGUGUCGUACGAGGAUGCCCAAAAGGUGAUCGACAACCAGAAGAUUGCAUCGAUUGCUGAAGAUGAUAUCCGUACAGGUGUGGAGCAGCAUAUCCGGAUGCUCUAUGUCAUUUGUCCAAAGUCUAUUAUUGUAGUCAAGACCCUCUAA